AUGGGCUCAGGUGACCGAGAAAUUCUACUUAAGUACUUCCCACCGACUAAGACAGCCAAGUUGAGGAACGACAUCUCUUCCUUUGUACAAAUCGAUUUAGACACUUUAUAUGAUGCAUGGGAGAGAUACAAUGACUUAUUGAGAAGGUGUCCUCAUCAUGGGUUACCCUUAUGGUUACAAAUUCAAACCUUCUACAACGGUUUGAAUCCCCCAACUAGACAGUUAAUCGAUGCAGUAGCCGGUGGAACACUUAACAAUAAAACACCCAAAGCAGCUUAUGAAUUUAUUGAAGAGAUGGUAGAGGUAUUAAAUAAGAAAACUGAUGGUUUAUAUCUUUCUACGCAAGUACACCCGGUGAUGCAAUGCGAUACAAAUAGAGGUGAAAUAAAUAAUCCAAAAUGCUUACCCUUCACUCCUAGCACAGAGAAUGAACAAAUCAAUUAUAUGGGUAAUAAUUCUAGGCCUCAAAAUAACCCUUAUAGUAAUAAUUAUAAUGCAGGUUGGAGGAACUAUCCUAAUUUCUCUUGGGGUGGUCAAGGAAAUCAGAGAGCACAACCCUAUCCAGGCUUCCAACAACCACCUUAUCAGCAAGGGAAAAAGUCGAACCUUAAGGAGAUGUUGACAAAGUUUAUCUUGGUGUCAGAAACUCGUUUUCAAAACACUGAGGCAACACUAAAAAAUCAGCAAGCAUCGAUUCAAGGGCUCGAGAAUCUAAUAGGACAACUUGCUAAGAUAAUUUGGGAAAGAUCACAAGGUAACUUGCCUAGCAAUACUGAAACUAACCCAAUGGAGCAGUUUCAUGCAAUUACUGUUCAAGACAAAGAAAGGUUAGUUGAAUCUGAACAAGAAUCGAGGUAA